CAAAAGUCAGCCAGUUGCAUGACUCAUAAAAUAUUCAAGUGAGAACUACAUCAAGGGGAAUAAUAAAUUAAGCCUUGACAUUAUUUGGUAGUACAAAGAUGGAGAAAGCCUAGGACCCCACGAACUCGUUCUUUGACCCAAACUUUGGUCAACGGUCAUACUAUAUAGGAAAGAUUGCUUUGCUUGGAGUAAAUAAUCCGAUGCUGGUUUUUCUUAACUUGGUGCCCCCACCCCCUUGCUAAUAAAAAUAUAUACCAAAGCUGGUUUUCCAAAGCGCUGGUUUUAAAAAACUUGCAACUGUAGUUUUGACGUAGCCUUGCUAAGCCACUUCUAUAAAUUGAGUGCUGCAUUAUCAUAAAUCUCAAACAAAUUACUUUUAAACUUCCCUUCAUUGUAUUCAUUCAUCCAUAAAAGAAAGGAAUCUGUUCAAACUAAUGUCUCCGGCAAUCUCGCUACAAUCAGAAAAGAAGAUGAGAGACAGCCAAUCAGAAAACCAAUACCAGAAAGGUGUGAGACAUCUCCAUGAGAAUGGAAUCAAGAAAGUUCCAAACAAGUACAUAUUUCCCAUCCCAGACCGUCCAAACAUGAGAAAAGAAUCACAUAUUCAGGAAACAAACAUCAAACUUCCAGUCAUAGACUUUGCUGAACUACAAGGACCUAACCGGUCUCAAGUUCUCAAAUCCCUUACUAAUGCUUGUGAACAAUAUGGUUUCUUUCAGGUAGUAAAUCAUGGCAUUCCCACAGAUUCUAUUAGCAGUAUGACUGAUGUAUGCAAAAGAUUUUUUGAACUCCCAUUCGACGAACGACUCAAAUACAUGUCCACAGAUAUGAAAGCGCCAGUCAGAUAUGGAACAAGCUAUAAUCAGAAUAAAGACAUAAACUACUGUUGGAGAGACUUUCUGAAGCUUGUUUGCCAUCCCAUACCAGAUGUCCUUUCACUCUGGCCCUCUUCACCAGAAGACCUGAGGGAUCACGCAGCUGCUUACUCAACGCAAACUAGAAACCUGUUUAUGAUGCUGAUGAGGGCCAUCCUAGAGAGCCUUGGACUGUGGAAUGCAGAAAUGAAUAUUGCAGAAGAAAAUGAAGUUUUGCAAGAAUUUCAAGAGGGGAGCCAGAUGAUGGUGGCAAAUUGCUAUCCGCCGUGCCCAGAACCUGAACUCACACUGGGGAUGCCACCACAUUCAGACUAUGGCUUCCUAACCCUUCUUCUCCAGGAUGAAGUCAAGGGUUUACAAAUACAGUUUGAAGAAAAAUGGUUGACAGUUGAUCCAAUCCCAAAUGCUUUUGUUGUAAAUAUCGGUGAUCAUCUAGAGAUAUUUAGCAAUGGAAGGUAUAGGAGUGUGCUACACAGAGUAUUAGUGAAUCAAGAGAAAACGCGUGUAACUGUAGCAUCUCUUCACAGUCUUCCUUUCGAGCGUGUUAUUCAACCUUCACCCAAACUUAUUAACAAAAAUAAUCCAAGGCGUUACAAGGACACAGAUUUUGCUACUUUCCUUGAGUAUGUUUCAUCAUGUGAACCAAAGAAGAAGGCUUUUCUAGAGUCCAGAAAAGUCAAUUGAAAUGCAGAAAAAUAUGCAUGUCAAGACUGUCAACCAAGGAACCAUUUAGAAAUUCCUGUACAUGAUAAAUAUACACUAUGCCUAACUAUUACCGAUUUUUUCAUCUCAGAGAUCAAGGGAAAUUGUAUUUUAAACAGUCCAAGCAAAGAAAUCACACAAUUACAAGUUAACUAUUUUACUUUUGGAACUGCGAAUAUCACAUUACUAAUUGUUUCUCAAUCAUCAAUGUAGUACGAACUUUUUUUAUACUCAAAACUAUUAACUCAUGGCUGACAGCUGAUAUUAACUCUAACAGAACCAUAUGCUAGCAGUAUAUUCAUGAGCAAAAUAGAAAAAGAUGACUGCAAAGAAAUACUGGAGAAAAAAAAAUGAAAGAUAAAUUGAAUAUAAACAAAUAAUGUAUCACCUAUUACUGAUGUAGUAUAACAGAUUUGUGAAAACAAGUCUAGUUACCCCAAAAAAAAAGAGGGGGGGGGGGGGAGAUGAAAGAAGACUUUCUAAUUCAAAUCCGAAUCCUGAGAUGCUUGCACUGUCAAGAAAAAAUAGUAGUAGGUUGGAUUUGGGCAACCAUAGAUAUUGGGACUUAAGGCAUAGAUGCUGUACAGUCUUUGAUAGGGUGAAUUCUGAAAUAAUUUAAUCAAUAAACCACAAAUUUUCAAACUACAUCAUUUCUCAAUAAAUAUAAUUAACACAAGCGGGAUCCCAGUACAAAAUUUUAUGACUGAUCAACACUAUCAUCCUCAUACUAAGAGGAUUGAUGGUCUUGAUACAUAAUCAAUAUCCAGAAAAAAAAAAAAAAAAA